GUCAUUUUCUCUAGCUCUUUUUUUUUAAUACUAGCAACUUUCAACCUGUGAAACGUGUGCUGAAAAAGAAGAAUCAGCAAAUACUACUGAAAGUGCAAUAUUUGAUUAUCACUGCAAGAUGAGCUUUGAUACAAACCUUCUCCACAACAAUGGACACAAUUGGUACCCUGUGCCAUCUUUACCAACAUACUCCAAUCGUACUUCAGCAACACUGUGUGAAACUGGGGUUAUUGAAAAACUAUUAACUUCUUAUGAAUUUAUUCAGUGUUCAGAACGUCAAGCUAGACUUUUCUUCCACUGUUCACAAUAUAAUGGCAACCUGCAGGACUUAAAAGUAGGAGAUGAUGUUGAAUUUCAAGUAUCAUCUGACCGGCAGACUGGGAAACCCAUUCCUAUUAAAUUGGUGAAGAUUAAACCAGAAAUCCAUCCUAAAGAAUGAAUGAAUGGACAAGUUGUGUGUGCUGUUCCUCACAACUUAGAGAGGAAGUCUCCAGCUGCCCCGGGUCAGAGUCCAACAGGGAAUGUAUGCUAUGAACGUAAUGGGGAAGUGUUUUAUCUGACAUACACCCCUGAAGAUGUUGAAGGGAAUGUGCAGCUGGAAACCGGAGAUAAAAUAAAUUUUAUAAUUGAUAACAAUAAGUAUACUAGUACUGUCAGUGCUUGUAACAUUAUGCUAUUGAAAAAGAAACAAGCCCACUGUCAGGGAGUAGUUCAUGCCAUGAAGGAGGCAUUUGGCUUUACCAAAAGAGGUGAUGUUGUAAAAGAGAUAAUCUUUCACUAUAGUGAAUUUAAAGGUGACCUAGAAACCUUACAUCUUGGAGAUGAUGUGCAAUUCACAAUCAAGGACAGAAAUGGUAAAGAAGUUGCAACAGAUGUCAGACUUUUGCCUCAAGGAACAGUCAUUUUUGAAGACAUCAGCAUUGAAUAUUUUGAAGGAACUGUAACCAAAGUUAUCCCAAAAGUACCCAGUAAAAACCAGAAUGACCCAUUGCCAGGACGAAUCAAAGUUGACUUUAUGAUUCCUAAAGAACUUCCCUUUGGAGACAAAAAUACAAAAUCCAAGGUGACCCUAUUGGAAGGUGACCAUGUUAGGUUUAAUAUUUAAACAGACCAACAUGACAAAUUAGAAUGAGCAACUAACACAGAAGUUCUAUUAAAUACAUUUCAGUUCACUAAUGAAGCCAGAGAAAUGGGUGUGAUUGCUGCCAUGAGAGAUGGUAUUGGUUUCAUCAAGUGUGUGGAUUGUGUUGCUCAUAUGUUCUUCUACUUCAGUGAAAUUCUGGAUGGGAACCAGCUCCAUAUUGUGGAUGAAGUAGAGUUUAAUGUGGUUCCUGAGAUGCUCUCUGCCCAAUGAAAUCAUGCUAUUAGGAUUAAAAAACUUCCCAACAGCACAGUUUCAUUCCAUUCCCAUACAGAUCAUCGUUUUAUGGGCACUGUAGAGAAAGAAGCUACUUUUUCCAAUCCUAAAACCACUAGCCCAAAUAAAGGCAAAGAGAAGGAGGCCGAGGAUGGCAUUAUUGCCUAUGAUGAUUGUGGGGUGAAACUGACCAUUGCUUGUCAAGCCAAGGAUGUGGAAGGAUCUACUUCUCCUCAAAUAGGAGAUAAGGUUGAAUUUAGUAUUAGUGACAAACAGAGGCCUGGACAUCAGAUUGCAACUUGUGUGAGACUUUUAGGUCAUAAUUCCAACAAGAAGCUCUUGGGUUAUGUGGAAACUCUGAAAGAUAAUUUUGGAUUCAUUGAAACAGCCAAUCAUGAUAAGGAAAUCUUUUUCCAUUACAGUGAGUUCUCUGAUAAUGUCGAUAGCUUGGAGCUGGGGGACAUGGUUGAAUACAGCUUGUCCAAAGGCAAAGGCAACAAAGUCAGUGCUGAAAAAGUAAACAAAACUCACUCAGUGAAUAGCAUUACUCAAGAAGCUGAUCCCACUAUCUAUUCUGAUAAUGUCAUUUUCCCCCUCAGAGGUGUUGAUCCAAUACAGAUUGAGUAUCAAGGAAUGAUUGAGAUUGUGGAUGAGGGGGAUAUGAAAGGUGAGAUGUAUCCAUUUGGCAUAGUUGGAAUGGCCAAUAAAGGGGAUUGCCUGCAGAAAGGGGAGAGUGUCAAGUUCCAAUUGUGUGUCCUGGGUGGCAAAAAUGCACAGACUAUGGCCUAUAACAUCACACUCCUGCACAGGGCCACAGUAGAGUGUGUGAAAGAUCAGUUUGGCUUCAUUAACUACAAAGUAGGAGAUAGCAAGAAGCUCUGUUUCCAUGUGAAAGAAGUUCAAGAUGGCAUUGAGCUACAGGCAGGAGAUGAAGUGGAGUUCUCAGUGAUUCUUAAUCAGAGUACCGGCAAGUGCAGUGCCUGUAAUAUUUGGCGAGACUGUGAUGGCCCCAAGACUGUUGCAGUUCCUAGACCUGACCGGUUGGUCAGUCGCUUGAAGAACAUCACCCUGGAUGAUGCUAGUGCUCCUCGCCUAAUGGUUCUUCAUCAGCCAAGGGGACCAGAAAACUCAAUGGGAUUUGGUGCAGAAAGAAAGAUUCGUCAAGCUGGUGUCAUUGACUAACCACAUCCAUAAAGCACAUCAUUAACCCUCUAUGAUCAAGUUGGGGGAUUCUGAUGAAUGGUUCUGAAUAUCUCCCACUUCAUCCCUCCCCAAAUCUGGAAUGCUUAUUCUAUUGAGCUAUUACACCAGUUUUAACACCUUCCUCGUGUUAUGUUU